CCAUUUUGUUACAAAACGAAUGCUUAUUGGUAUGAAGUGAAAAGCAUCCUGUUGUGCAGCCAUGGCCUGUAUAUCUUUUUGGCACAUGAAACUGCCUGCACUGAGGUGCUGACUUACAAGUUUCAUCAUCUUGGAGGCUGACUGGGGCUGGCAUUAAGUUUUCUUUUUGAUGAGACAUCUUCAAAUGUCAUCAUCUUCAUCAUUCCUAAUGCAUCAGUUGAGUGUUACAGCACAUUAAAGAUGUAGUGGAAAUGUUUUGCUCUUUGUAAGUGAAUUUAGAGUGCAGCUGUUUGUUUAUUUAUAGAGAUGCUCAUUGGGGCAGUGAGUCAAAAUGUAUUAGAUGUGGCAAAGACGAGUGCUGCCACAUGCAGACCCCCUCGUGUACAGUGGAUCUUCAGUGCUGGUUUGUUUGUGAGGUUGUUCUCCAACAUUAAAGAUGGUGAAAGCUUCCAGUUGUUUGAGCAAGGUCAUCGCACUGCACACAAGCAAGAGUGUCACACCAUGGAGGCAGUGAGGCUGGUGGAGUUCAACCUGAAGCAAGUGCUCACAAAGCUCAUGACUCACAUCUUUGGUGAUGGACUGCAAGUCAGAUGGGUAGACUGCUACUUCCCGUUUACUCACCCUUCCUUUGAGAUGGAGAUCAACUUCCAAGGAGAAUGGCUGGAGGUCCUGGGCUGUGGGGUCAUGGAGCAACAGCUAGUUAACUCAGCUGGCGCUCAGGAUAAAAUUGGCUGGGCAUUUGGCUUGGGUUUGGAGAGGCUGGCCAUGAUCCUGUACGAUAUUCCUGAUAUCCGACUGUUCUGGAGUGAAGAUGAACGCUUCUUGAAGCAGUUUAUUGUGCCUCACAUUUGCCAAAAAAUAAAAUUUCAGCCACUCAGUAGAUACCCACCUUUGAUUAAUGACAUCUCCUUUUGGCUGCCUUCUGAGACAUACUCCAAGAAUGAUUUCUAUGAGUUGGCCCGAACCAUUGGUGGAGACCUGAUAGAAAAGGUUGUCCUACUAGAUGAAUUUACCCAUCCAAAGGUUUGUAGUAGGGAUUAUACUCAGGCACGUGUUGCCACUCCACACUGCCAGGCUAUCCCUGGAGAUACCAUGUUGUCUCCCAUACAAGCUCAGCAGUCCUGGAGCAGGACCACUGACAUGCACAGAGAUGGUCCUGUACAUAACAUCCAGGACAAAGAAGGUCAGCCAUUGCUACCGUAUUGUUUACCGUCACCCUGAGAGGACUUUAACGCAGAACGAGGUGCAUCGUAUCCAUCAAGCUAUUGAAGAAUCAGCAGUUCGAGAACUUGGGGUUGAGGGCAGGUUCUAGCAUUGUUGGUCUGAAGCCCUAAUGACAGUUGCUUUCUCUUUUUUUUCUCUUUUAUUUUUUUUUUCCCUUGUUUCUUUUUAUCUUUUUGGGGUGGGGAGUACAAGAGGGAUUUUGUGACUGAACAUAGCACAUGGAAAACAAUUGAUAAAUAAGCAAUGGUAAAACUACCAAAUAAUAAACAUUACUACUGAGAAAUCAUUGACAAA